AUGGCCGCCAUGUCGCUCGGCUUCAUCGUCCUCGUGACGCCCUGGACGCUGCAGGAGGUCGUCGCAGCGUGCACGGGUUCCAAGGCGCCGCCGUUCCUGGACUUCCUGGCGACGUGGCUGGCGCUGAGCCACAGCUUCUGGAGCCCGUUCCUCUUCUGGCUGCUCGACGGCCACUUCCGGCGCGUCUGCCGCACCCUGCUGCUCACCAAGAUCUGGUGCCGGCGGCGCAGCAAGGCGCGCUGCCCCGGCUCGCCGCGGGACCUGGAGUGCCUGAGCGAGCAGCGCUGGGGCGAGAUCCUGGAGCGCGCCGUCUCCUCCAGCAGCCUCCAGGCGCUGCAGAGGCUGUACGGGCCGCCGGAGCUGCCGCCCCCGCGAAACAAACUAACUGCAUUCCAGGCCUACAAGCCCUAG